AAAGGUGAUGCUGCGAGACCUGAAGAGAUGCAGAAUGGCUCAUGUAUUCUACAACACCUUCUUUAACUUGGAAAAGUACCUGGACAAUGAACAGCGGGAUCCCUUUGCAAUACAGAAGGAUGUUGAAAAUGAUGGACCGGAGCCCUCAGACUGGGACAGAUACGCUGCAGAGGAGUAUGAGCUUCUUGUUGCUGAAGAAUCUGGAAAUGAGCAGUUACAAGAAGGAUCAUUUGAAGAAGACUAUGAAACAGACGAACUUUUAACUCCCUCUGAAACUGCAGACAAGUUGGACAAACUAGUUAUCUCAGACCUUUCAUCCUAGAAAAAUGGAAGACAUGGAACUAAUAUCUGUCAAUAUUUAAGUGGCAAGUGGUUGGUAGACACUUAGGGUUUUUUUAAAAAAUCCUUCCUUGAAGCAAAGUGCUUUAUUUUAUACACUGUAAUUCAAGAUCCUUUUUUCUUCAUAUGUGUAACUGCAAGAAGGUAAUUUCUACAAAAAGCCUUUUUGCAAAUUGUUAUUGUGCAUGCUCAUUAAAUAUGGUGACUGCACUAUGUUUCCUUCUUGUCUUGCCAUACAAAUUCUAUAAAGUCUCCAUGUGCAAUAAUGGUCUAACAUCUAAUGCUUAAACAUAAUAAAAUUGCAUGCAACUUGCACAGUAGUCAUUACCAAAUUAAUUCAAGGCAGUAAUUUCUGUAUUAUUUAUUCUGUACCCUUUAACUUUACCAGGCUGACAAAUUAACUCCGUUUAAAUGAACAUCUAAAGAGUUCCAUCAAGCCUUGUCUACUAAGUUCUCUCUUUUUUUAAAGUGUCAAAAUCUCCUGCUCAUUCUGGAAGCAGAAAAUAUCCCCAAACUCAACACACAAAUUAAGGUGCCCUCUUGUGCUUUACACUGUAAGCUCUUCGAACGCUUAUUUGUUAAGCAUACUUUACUCACUGUACAGGGCAAUGUACAGCUACAGUACCAUGGACAAAAAACCCCACAUUAAGACAGAAUUCAGGUUUAGCACCUUUGCACUCUCACAUGAAUAGAAGGAACUCCCUGCAACAACUGACAAUGCCGCUGAACUGUCCUCCUUGAAACUCUUCUCUGCUGUGAUGCCUACAAAAAAAAUCAACAAUUAGGGCAGCCGAUGUGCUAUGAGUGCUGCUUCUCAUGCUGACCUAAAUCAUCUCCAUUUCCUAAUGCUCCUCCCAUCUGUUGUAUCCACGUGUUAGCUAUAAUCUUAGACUUAUAUUGUAAACUACAGACAUAUGGCAAAAUCUGUCACUGCCCUUAAAGUGUCUAGCUUAGUGAGGCCCAGGCUUUAGGUACUACUGCAAUACCAAUGAUUAAUAAAUAAAUAAUAAAUAAGAAGAUUGAGUGUACAUGAGUAAUUUAGGUUAAAACGUUGCAGGGCUUUCUAAUGAUCCCCAGAGCAUGCAUUACAUCCUGAAGAAAUUCAGAGUUAAGUUAACUUCAAAAUAGCCAAACAUGUUAAGGUACGGAAAUGUACAGUAAAGGUACCUAAACAAUCUUAACUCUGCCCUCUAGUGAUACUGUGCAACAAUCAUUUAUUUAUUAGUAACAUAUGUUCUCACAGGACUGAGACCACAUCUUCCCUUACCAAAGAUUACCAUCACCUUCAUUCAUUGGCUCCUCUCUAUGUCCUGAUAACAUAGGGCCAACAUAUUUCCUGUGGACAAUUUGUCUUCAUUCCUACUGGGACAAAGAGAAGACUGUAGCUAUCUCUGCUAAGGGCAGCCUGUAGCCUCAGUCCUAUUGGGAGCAGUGGGAGAUGGUGGCCAUGAGAAGAGGGAAACUUCGUAAGAGCCUGCUUAACUUGUAAUGAAAAAAAUGCCCAGGCUCAAGCAAUUUUUUUUUAUUUUGGAAACUAACAUGGGAAGUUCAGAGGUGCCAGAGCUAUGAACUGCUGGGCUUAGCCCUGGCACAAAUUAAGCACUGCUUGAGAGGCUUUCUGGGUAAGAAGAUUUGAUACACCAAUCUCUGCUGAAGAAAAAUUUCAGUUAUGUUAGAAUUAUGAUUACAAAAAAUUACCCUUAAUACUGAAUAGUUCUUUUCAAAAACUGCCUCUUUUACCAGUUCUAGUCACCAGGGCAAAAGGAGGGAGAGGGAAAUGAAGCUGUGUGUGCACAGAAGAAUGUUGGGGGGCAAGGAAGAAAGAAAAAAACUGUGCAAAAAGAAUAGGGCAGGAUGGAAUACUAGGUGUGAAUAGGGGGAGCAUGUGAAGCACAGAUGGGAGGGGAAUACUGGGGUGUACACUCUGGCUGCAUUGUGCUGCUGAGAUGAUACAAAGCUGCUGUCAACUAAUGCCAGAACCUCUGGGUGCUUUGAACUGGUCCACAGCAGAAUGAAGCAGCCUCGCUGUUCCAAUGAAGCCCUGUAUCUUUUAGAUAUUUUAGAAAAGAUUGAAGGUUGAUACUGCAUAUCUUCAAAUCAUUAGAAACUAUUUUAUGAUAAUUAAGGCUACAUUUUAGUCACAGAUAUUUUUAGUAAAAGUC